AUGGCCGCACGAGAUGCAGCGCCGGCAUCCGAGCCGACGACUGACAUCAACAUUGGUGGCAACCACCUCAUGUCGAUACUAUCGGCGCGCAAGUAUCCUGUUCCAACUACCCACGAUUUCCAACCCAAUCAGACAGAUAGUGCUUUUCUCCAAUCCCUAUCCUUCGAUUUCGAUGUUGACCACGAAGACUCUGCCGGCUUGUAUGGGGCUGGUCCAGCAGAGGCGCUGAACUGCGUCAUCGACGGUCAUACUCAGCAACCCGCAUUUAUCCUACAAGAUGAAUCUACUGCAUCGCCCGCUGGUAAAACCAACACGUCAAAGAGACGAGCUAGCGAUGAUGGGGAAGGUCCAAAGGAGGUGAGUGGCCAUGGCCGUGUGACGUAUGGUCUUUAUGUGCGACAACUUGCUUACCUGGCUAUCUCAAUCUCCUUCCUCACCAAACGGGUCUCUGAACUGGAGCAAGCCAUUGAAGACGUGAGCACCACCAUUACCACAUUUAGUGAUUCUCUUCUUCAGUCUGGCGUUCUCGCGCCUCACGCCCAUCUGACUCAAUGUACUCGGGAAACCUUGGAGAAGUGCCUUCGGUUAGCCAAAACGACCAAUGUGGACGACGAAGGGGACGCAAGCUCCAGCCAGUCCCAAAGCCAAGUAUCCGAUAAGGAGGACCCAAAUCUCACAAUCGGCUAUAUGCACUCUUUGCUGCCGCAGCCUCUUACCCCCCCGGGCACAGAAGGCUCGGAAACAGACUUGCACUCACAGUGCGCUACAUUCGUGGAUCAACUACACAUGGCGAUUCUAUAUCACGGAUACUUACGGCUAACGAAUCCUUCCGUAUCAGCCGAAGGUGUUCGACAAAAGUUUCGCCUUUUGUAUCCAGCCAUGGGCCGCAGCAACCUCACAGCCUACUUUGCCGCAGCUCUGCAUGCCAAGAUUAGUAAAACCGAACUCGCCAAGCAGUGGAAAUCGGUUCCCUUUUUUCAACUCGGCGGUGCUGGAACCCAUUACGCCUGGCCGCCAGAACUAGGUCCCUAUACGCACCGGUCGCGUCAUUGGCCGGCCAUAUCCGUUCCUUUGUCACAUUUCUCAUCCGAUAUACAAAAAGAUCUCAACGGCGACUGGUUUGAUAUGCAGGACCUUGAGUGCUUCCUCAUGGAGAAGAAUGUCAAACUUGUUGCUGCUGCUAGUGCUGGGACCGCGGCUUCCAGUGACUCUAAUAUGCAACGAGGGCAAACGCAUAUUAAUGCGAAAGAAUUGAUAUCAGGUAUAGCCCAAUUCAAAGAGCUGGAAUUAUCCUUAGAGACUUGGUCGCUAAUUUGCAUAGCAUUGCUUGACAACGCUGUAUGCCUGGGCAGGUCCGCUGGCUUUCGUCGCUCCGACGUAGAAACGGCCCUGACCAAGGCCGUUUUGGUGUGA